GUACGGCACCGAACUGGCGAACUCUCUCCUCGCAGCGCAGACCCUGGAUAUGGCUACGUCUAUACUUGGGGAAGAGCCACGGUUUGGAACUACACCUUUAGCAAUGCUGGCAGCAACCUGCAACAAAAUCGGCAACACCAGUCCCCUAACCACUUUGCCAGACUCCAGCGCUUUCUCCAAAGGUGGAUUUCACCCCUGGAAGAGGUCCUCGUCCAGUUGUAACCUAGGCUCCAGUCUGCCAGGGUUCACAGUUGCAACAAGCCGCGCGUCCACAGGACUAACCCCGACCAGUGGAGCAGGGAACAGCGCCUUCUGCUUAGCCUCUACAUCCCCCACAUCCUCGGCGUUCUCCAGCGAAUACAGCGGCCUGUUCUCCAACUCCGCCAGCGUCACCUCUCAGGAGUCCGGUCAGUCUGCGUUCAUCUCUAAAGUGCAUACGUCUGCCGAGAGCCUCUACCCACGCGUGGGCAUGGCGCACCCCUAUGAGUCUUGGUACAAGUCCGGCUUCCACUCCACCAUCUCCGGGGACGUGGCCAACGGCGCUUCUUCGUGGUGGGACGUCCACACGAACCCCGGCUCGUGGCUGGAUGUUCAGAACCCCGCGAGCUCCCUGCAGAGUUCUUUGCACUCCGGUGCGCCCCAGGCCAUUCCCCAGCUCAGCGGCUACAACCCAGACUUCUCCUCUCUCACACACUCUGCCUUCAGCUCCACUGGCAUCAGCCCCUCUGCCUCACACAUCCUGUCCACGAGCCAGCACCUGUUGACGCAGGACGGCUUCAAGACUGUCAUUCCCACGUACACAGACGCUUCUGCCAACGCCAUGAUUUCUGGAGGUGGCUCAGGAAUAAGCAGCUCGUCUCGAUCGUCCCGGCGUUACUCAGGCAGGGCCACAUGUGACUGUCCCAACUGCCAGGAGGCCGAGCGGCUGGGGCCCGCGGGGGCUAGUCUAAGGAGGAAGGGACUCCACAGCUGCCACAUCCCAGGCUGCGGGAAAGUGUAUGGAAAAACAUCACAUCUCAAGGCGCACUUGCGCUGGCACACCGGCGAGAGGCCGUUUGUGUGCAACUGGCUUUUCUGUGGGAAAAGGUUCACGCGUUCAGACGAACUGCAGAGACACCUGCGCACGCACACCGGUGAAAAACGGUUCGCGUGUCCGGUGUGUAACAAGCGCUUCAUGCGCAGUGACCAUUUGAGCAAGCACAUCAAAACGCACACGGCAGGAGGAGGUGGCAAAAAGGGCAGCGACAGUGACACCGACACCAGUAACCUGGAGACCCCCAGGUCCGAGUCCCCAGAACUGAUUUUAGAGGGGGUCAACCCUCGAAUCACUGUGAAGGAGCCGUCUCCUCACGACGAGCCGUAGGCCUGACACAGCCACAGACUGCACUGUUAAACGGGUCUAGUGACAGACGGAGGACUGUCUCACAGCGGCACCGGCUCACCUCAGGCCGGGGACACGGAUGUUGCAGAACGCAGAGCCUGUUGAACUCGGGACAUUGUGAGCUGCAUUUGUAAAUGACGCCUCAACUGUGUGUUUUCUGUAAAUGUUCGGCUCUAUUGUUUUA